AUGCAUUUCUUUGCAGAUAAGGCAGUACCAACCAGAAAGGCAAAUGUCUCUUUGAGGAUUAUGAGGGAAUUUGAGACUGAGUAUGAAAAUAUGAACUCCAGCAAGUCCCAAAUAUUAAUCAAAACUUUGAUUAAGGAGCUUAGUGCUCUCUGCAGGAGAGCAGAUCCACACAAUUUUAAAGAUGUAAAAGUCAUUAAUCUAAAACCUGGAAGUAUUGUUGCAGAGAGCAUAGCGGAAUACACCUAUCCCAACAAUGCAUCCCAAAUUGAUUUCCUCAACAAUGAACUGGAACCCAUACUUAGGAAUAUCUUGAACAACACAGAUAACCUAAUGAUUAUCAGUCAAGCAUUUGAAAAUGUGCGAAUCCAGAUUACCAACAUUACCUUCCAACCAAUGGAAAUAAGGAAUAUUGCAGAUUUGAGGUCAUUUGUGGCCUGUCGUCUGGGUUUUGCCAACUACACAGAAGAGCUCUCUGAUGGCAGCUGGAAGUGUGUGGGGCCUUGUAAACAGUAUCCAGACUACUGUCAUAGACACGGAGAAUGCUUUAAUAAUGUUCAAAGUGGACCUAUUUGUCUGUGCUAUGAGUCUUCCCUGGAGCAGUAUGAUGGACCCCAGUGUGAGCGCUUCCGCAGGGGAAGAGGUUUCUAUGCUGCACUCUUUGGUGCGCUGGGGGCAGGCAUCCUCCUCAUACUAGUUCUCAUCGUGGUUUUCGUGGUCCUGCGAAGGAACCGUGGGGGACGAUGGCACAUUGACAAGCCACCUGCCAGAAGACUGAUGUCUCUCAAAGAUGACUUUUUUGACUUCACACAAAGAGACCUCGGUCCAUACCAUGGCAGUUCACCAGUCUACACAAAUACUGAUUUAGUUGAUGAAGGCUGCCCAGGAGUAUUCAGCCUGCAUCUUGACAAUGUUGACACAACAUAAAAUGUACAUUUACAGGCAUUAUACUGUCAUUUCUGUUGUUUCAUGUCUUUCAUAUUUGUCCUAUCUUACAAUCUUUGCUAUGAAUGAAAAAUUACAUCCAGUAAUGAGUGUCAGUAAAUAUAAAAUAUAGUAUCUACACUAAAACAUCACACCUCUCUAUAUGCCAUAAUAACAAGUAUUUACAUGUAAUUACUUUCACAGUCUAGAGCACCGGCUGUUUAUAAUUCUCUAUUUUAAUGAAUACUAAUGUUGACAUUUUAAGUGAUAUGAUUAUCCAAAAUGUUUUCUCAGGUGAAGACCCAAUGGCCAACAACAAUAGAUUUUCUUCAAAAUAACACAGAAUAAAGUAUUCAAGCUGCCUAAAACGUUUAACCACGAAUAUUUAUUCUUUAUAAUAUGCAUAAUCAUUGUGAAUCAAAUUAAUUUUGUACUGCAGCUAUUUUACUGGAAUUCAGAAGCAUAAGGCUACACACUACUGUCCUUUGAGGACUUGAUAAAUAGAAUGAGAUCUAGAUGAACAAUUUCCUGGCAUUAAAGACGACCCUG